CUCCUACAACCUUGCCUGGAUCAUCAUCAUCAUCAUCAUCAUCAUUAUUUCCAUCAACACAACAGCAACAACAGCAACAACAACAACAACAACAACGACAACAAGAAGUACAAUCGUCUAUAUACGAGUCUAUUGCUAAUCGUACAUCUUCUGAAAUGCUUCAAAAUAUAUUACUACCAACAUUACAAUCAAUCAAAGCAUUGGCUGACGAACAAUACCAACAUGAACUCAAUACCCGGACAACCAUCAGAAAAUCAACUACUUCAACGACACCAUCGUCUCAUCAUCACUAUAAAUCACCGUUAUUACCUCCAUCAACCUCAUCAGCAUCAUCAUCAUCAGCAGCAUCAUUAUUUGACCCAAGUAACUUGAUUUCAGCCAUCACCACUAUGAUCUUGGACCCAACUGCUUUCCGAGAAUCAUUGCAAUUACGACGAGACGAACUACAACAUCAAGUGGAACACAUCAACCGAUUAUUACAACAAACAUCUGGACUUUUGGAAAGUAUUGAAGUGGUGAUAGGAAAGCCUACUAUUGAAAAGUACAAGACAACAUUAAAUGAUACUAGACGCAUGAUACCCGUGAUAUCUUCCGCUGAAUCGUCAACAGCAAAUGAUCAUCAACAUCAUCAUCCUUAUCAAUAUCAACGUCGACCUAGUGCUUCAUAUGAUCAUCGCAUUCCUCGGCCACCAACACCACCACAUAUAGCCACCAUCUCAACUUCAACGACCGACUUUUCAUCUUCCUCUAACUUCUCUUCCCCUAGUUCAGUGCAUGGACUUUCUGAUAGGCAACAUUCUCCCACAAGUGAAUCCUUUACUCGAAUUUCACCAGUACCAGCAAGAAAGUGACAAGCCAUCAAGAAAGAAAGGAAGAAUCGUUUGGUCCUUAUAUCUAUAUAUAGUAAUUAGAUCCCUUGUUAGUUAGUUGUCCAUUUAUCAUCUUAUCAUCAUUCGUAAUGAAAUCUUAGUUUG